AUGCUGGGCCAGGGCAAUGAUCGUCGGACUCAUAGCAGAACAUCUGCAGUACUAGGCCACUCAGCCCGGAGCGACAAAACCAUCCAAGUCGCUGCCCCCCCCACAGCUCGAUGCACCGGCACGCGGUUGGAUAUGGGGCUCGGAAGAGUAUCAUGGCCGCCUGCAGUCAACCUUUACAACUAUCAGACCUGUCGCAAGCAUGGCGCCCAGUUCAUCCUCCUCCCGCACGACAUCUGGGGAACAGAUCAUGUCAACUCUUCCACGGCGUGGCCCGGUGACAAUGGAGACUGGUCUGACUAUGAGUUUCUUGCACACCCUGAUGGCUGA